CUCGAGCAGGGCCAAGUCCUCUCCAAGUCCUUCUUCUACUUUUGGAUGGUCGCGAUCCCCUCCUCCUUCUCGCUGCUGGCCGUGUACGCGCUCAACCUCGAGUUCGCGCACGUGCGCCGCGAGGUGAAGAAUGGGAUGUACUCGCCGAUGGCAUACGUCUUGGCCACGUCGGCGCUGCAGGUGCCCAUGGUCUUCGCCGUCUGCUUGUGCGGGCUGCUGCCCUCGUACGCACUGCUGGUGGGCCCCUCGUCAUGGGGCUCCUUCCCGCUGGUGUUGCUCGUCUGCACGGCCAACCUGUGGGCCUUCGAGUGCAUCGCGCAGUUCUUCUCCCUCGUGAGCAACCCUCUGCUCGGCAUGCUGCAGUGCCUCUCGGUCUGGAUCUGGUCGCUGCUCUUUUGCGGGCUCACCAUCCAGGGGCGAGACAUCAUCUGGCCGGUGCGGCUGCUGUACUACGCACUCCCUCUCAAGUGGGCUCUCUCGACGGCGAUCUACGAGGUGGCCGUCCACUGCCCGGACUACGAGGGCACGUUCGAGUGCGACGUCGGCGACGACCCGACCUGCCCCAGCCGCGGCUUCAAGUGCGAGAGCACUCCAGAGGACCCGCUCGGCGUCAUCUGCUUCGGUCGCAACGCGACGCAGAUCAUGGCGACGAUGAACCAGCAGUUCCCCGCCUUCUCCACCGAGGACUCCUCCGCCCGCGACCUCUCGGUGCUCCUGCUUAUCGGCUCCGUCUUCAAGAUCGGCUACGUCGUCAUCCUGCACCUCAAGUGCAAGAUGGGGCGGCAGCCAGAGCCGCCGGGCGCCGCCUCAGAGAAGGUGUGAGAUCGCGCGAGGCGUGCGCUAUGUAUUUUAUCGAAGCCGCUUUUUGGAG